AUGGCUACAGCAUUGGACCGCAAGCCUCCCCUCGGGAAGAUCGAGCCGUACUCGAGCAAGUAUUUCCUCAGCUGUGCGUUGGGAGGAAUUAUUGGCCCGACUCAUACCGCCGUCACGCCUCUUGAUCUGGUCAAAUGCCGUCGUCAAGUCGACCCUAACAUCUACAAGUCCAAUUUGAGCGCAUGGCGCAAGAUCUUCGCGGGAGAUGGCCUCCGAGGCGUUUUCUUUGGAUGGAGCCCAACUUUCGUCGGCUACUCCUUCCAGGGUGCUGGCAAGUAUGGCUUCUACGAGGUUUUCAAGUACUGGUACGGCGACAAGCUGUUCCCCAACUCGAACCGCACUCUGGUCUACCUGGGCGCCAGUGCCUCGGCCGAGUUUCUGGCGGAUUUGGCGCUUUGUCCCUGGGAGGCGAUCAAGGUCCGUAUGCAGACGACACUGCCACCGUAUGCGCAUAGUCUGCGCGAGGGAUGGAGCAAGAUCGUGGCCAAGGAGGGCGUCUCCGGUCUGUACAAGGGGCUGUACCCGCUCUGGGGUCGCCAGAUCCCCUACACGAUGACCAAGUUCGCCAGUUUCGAAGAGACCGUCAAGCAGAUCUACAAGUUUCUGGGUAAGCCGAAGGAGAGCUACAGCACGGUGCAGCAGACCGGUGUCAGCUUCCUGGGCGGUUACAUUGCUGGUAUCCUGUGCGCCAUUGUCAGUCAUCCUGCCGAUGUGAUGGUCAGCAAGCUGAACGCGGACCGCCAACCUGGCGAAUCCGCCGGUACCGCCGUGUCGAGGAUCUACAGCAAGAUCGGCUUUGCUGGGCUGUGGAACGGUCUGCCCGUCCGUAUUGUUAUGCUGGGAACUCUGACCGGCUUCCAGUGGUUGAUUUAUGACUCCUUCAAGGUGUUCCUGGGGCUUCCUACUACCGGAGGUCACUAG